AUGCUAUGCAGACACACCCUGCUUAUCCAUGUCAGCCAAUCGCUGGCUGGAUUCACUGGCACUAAGGAGGGGAGCCUAGAUCUCCCCAAAGCAACAAUUCAUACAAUGGGGACACAAAGGCCCAGCCGGAGUGCCUUUGACACCACUGAAAACAUGUCUGACCGCAUGCUACUGUCAGGUGGAAAAAUUGCCAGAGAUCCAAGUCCAAGGCCGGGACAUACUGUGAGGGAUGACGACCGGAGACGCGAGCAGAGACGUGAUGAGCGAUACAAGGAGCCUUCUGAACGUGACAGAUACUAUGACAGAGACAGGAGGCCCAAAGUACCCAAGGAUGCUGCCCGAGAUCGUCGGGAGGAGAAAAGAAAUGUACGUCCACUGUCCAAUAUUGAAAAGGAGAAUGAGAAAGAGGGGGAUAGGGGCGUCAAGAAGGGAGACACUCUUCCCAGAAACGCAAGGAUUCAUGGACCAAUUAUGUUGGCUGCAAUGGAAGACGAGCGGGACGAUCGGAAACAGAGGAGGAGAGAAGAUGGAGAUAUGACAGAGGUGGCCUGUGGUGUUAACCUUUAUGGUGUUUUAAAGUCCAGAACGUUGCAGAGGAGCCUCACAGCAGCAGAGGCCUAA